UUCUCGCACUCCUGGCAGCACAGAAGAUUUCUUUCUACAGCAGAACCCAAGUUUUAUUCCUACAGCCGAACGAGGGUGUUUGAAGAACUGUGUAAAGGCACUAAUCCUAGAGAGAUGUUUGCAGAAGGCGGCAGACAAAUACAUGACACACAGCAGCAAUCAUCAGCCCAUGAAGACAAUCCUUCAACUCUGGAGGCCUAUCGUGAUCUGGAAGGAAGGCUGGAGAAGGUGGAAAAUGAAAUAAGACUGAUGGACAGGAAGGGAAGAGUUUGGUCUGACUCUGUUGAAAGUCGACUACAAUUUCUGGAGCAUUGCUAUAGAGCAUUGCCUGGAGAGAUGACCCAAAAAGAGCGUCAUGAGACAGAGGAGCUGAAAAAGAAGAUCAAAGAGCUAGAGGCAAAAAACAAAGAACUCUUGUCUAAAGCGAUGAGCAUGCACAAGGACUCUGAGAACAUGAAUGACGUUUCGCGUUUGUCUGCUGUGCUGCAGAUGUAUGAGAUACUCAGGCUAUGUGACUGGCAAAAAUUUAAGACAGAGCGUGGUUUGACAUAUCAAACUGGCCGCAGCAUAAUUAAGAAGCUGUUUAAUGCCUGUGAGAAAGAUAUAGAGCAAAGAACAACUAACAUAUUUAAAGUUCUUGACAUUUCACCUUCGAAUGAUGCUAUGACCAACAGCAAAGAGGCGAUGAUGCUGGCAAUAAGGAAUCUCUUCAGAUAUCGCUAUUACCAAAGCGACACAGAGUUUUACAGCAAAAUUAUCAGCGACGCUGGCAUUGACCCAAGACCUGCCCCUCUAAGACAGUUCGCACAACAGUGCUGCAAAGUUUAUUGUUUGCUGCUUCUUCAGGACCCACCGGUUAAAGCUGUGUGGAACCUACAGGAAAGCCCGGUGCAAUAUUUAGAGCACGUGGACAAGAAAGACCGUGAGCUCUGGGGAAAAAUAACACUUCUGUGGCCCAUAAUGAAAUGUGGGGAAGAAGUUAUUGUGAGAGGUGUAGUCUGGGAUGAAAACUAGCAUGACUUCAGAGUCAAGCUACUCACUUGUAUAGCCAGAAGAGGAUGAAACAGUUGCUGCGCAAUAUGCUGCUUUUCUUUCUCCCAUGAACUGCCUGCUUUUCAGAGCUAGUAAGUUAGAUGCUCCUGGCUUGGGACACCUAGGAUAAAUAACUAUUACUAUAACAUGUAUUAAAAAUUGAAGAUGUUUGCCUCAGCAGCAUGCCUACACUUUACGUAAUAUUUGUUCCUUGCUGUCUCUAAACAGCAUCUGUGUGGAAAGAGAAUCUGUUUCUCCAGCCUACCUUACCUGCUCUUCACAAAUGCUUAUGACAUUGUCACAUAACAGUGGGGAUCUCAGACACCAUGUGGAGGCACUUGCCUCUUCACCAACAGGAUGUAGUAGGACCAACGCUUUGCGAGACCCCUAACAGCAAAGGUACCACUGCCCUCCCCUGCAUCGAUAGCAGCUACACCAACUGCAAGCUCAUGCUUUCUGAUAAUGAAUAGGCAGAGAGGAUGAAGAUGGCCUGUUGGGGAACAGGCAUCCUUCUUGGGUAAAAAUGUACUUAGCUGGGAAAGAGAACAAGGAACUAAAAGACAUGCUGAAAAGGCAAUGAUGAACUCUCAGAAGACAGGUAUGCAUACACAGACACAGACACUGAGGCCCACUCUUACAUGCCAAAAGGCCACUUGUGUCCACACAAAUGCUACCUGCCUGCUAGUAUUCAGCUGCUUUCCCACAUCUGUACAAUUUACUGCUCCAUAGCCCGUCAGCUACUUACCUGACACAGCUCUUGAUCAAAGGGCUCUAAAAGUUGUAUUUCACAGCGUAAGGGGGAAUGCAGUGAGGCAAAUGCGUGUUUAUGUGCUCGUGUGACAAAAUGUUCAGUGACGAAUAAAAAAAA